AUGACUCCUGGGAUAUCGGGUCACUUUGAAGUGGAAGAAAUCGAAGCAAAGGUAUCUAAUGAUUCCGGGCUGAUAUCCCUCUACAUAGGUGUUCUCCUGCCGUUAAGUAGUAAUGGAUGGGAGGAGGAGUAUGCAAACCAGAGUAUGGUAGCCAUGAAUCUAGCAGUAGAUGACCUGAACAACAGAACUGACAUCCUACCUGAUCACUUCAUCCACCUCGUCAUAAGAGAUACCAAGGGGUCUACAGCGCUUGCACUGAACCUGCUCUAUGAGAUGAUACUAUCCAAGCCAUCCAUGAUAGCAUUCGUUGGAAGCAUUGAGGCCGAAACUACCAAGAUAUUAGCUGCAGUCACUGGUAAUUGGGGCAUCAUUCAGAUGGGUUUUGCUAACUCUGCUAUCGGGCUAUCUGAUCACCUUCUUUAUCCAUUCUUCAUCCGGACGAUGGGUAGCUCGUCUGAUCUGAACAAGGUUAAACUACAAAUCUGCGAACGGUUUGGUUGGUCGAAGAUUUCCACCAUAACGGAAGCCACUGAGCCACAUGCUGGAAUUAUGGAAGAUUUGCACAGUUUAUUAGAUGACAGGAAUAUCACUCUGGUAACAAGGCAAUCAUUUUACUAUGACCCAGCUGGUGUAAUGGACAGAUUAAAGUCUAAAGACGCGAGAAUAAUGAUAGCUAGCUUCUCGGAGGAGACGGCGAGAAAAGUACUGUGCGAGGCCUUUAUGCGCGAAUUGUACGGUCCUAAACGAAUCUUCAUCUUUCGCGGUUUUCUGGAGUCCAACUGGUGGAAAACCUCAGACAAACCAGUGGAUCUAGGGUGCACAGAUGACGAUAUGAUGACGGUCUUGCAGAGUGUAAUUACCGUAUACUUCAACAUGAAUGCAAGGCAAAGGACUGCAGUCGCAACGGCACAGACGUCCCUGUCCUUUCGAAAGGAGAUGUCCCGGUUCCUGGGCUCGACGAUAUUGACCAGCCACGAUGUAGCAGCGAAUGCUCACGAUGGUAUCUGGGCUAUCGGAUACGGUCUCAACCAAUCUCGUGCCUUUAUUGGUAAUCGAAGUCUACACGAUUACACGUACAAUGACAGGAACAUGACAAGAACAUUCUACAACCACAUCCUCAAAUCACAGUUUUAUGGUGUAUCGGUAAGCCUUGUGAAUUCCCAUUCUCUUCUGAAUCGGCUUAUGACUGUUCUCAUGUGCUUCUUCGUGUAA